CUGAUAUAGAAAACUAAGUCCCACUGCACCUCCUGCCUGCUCUCGCUCCGCCCAAGGGCACUACACUAUCUUCGCCCCCUCCCUUUUGUGCUUUUCUUCAAACCUCAGGUGCAUAUUUGGAUUGGUGGCCAAGGCAGUUCAUGCAUCUUGGGGAGCAAAUUAAAUCGUCUAUGCGCUUGCCGGCCCGUGAAAAGUGACUCCAAGGUCGAUCUGCUGCUGGUAGCUAGCUAUAGCUAGAUGGAGCUGGUGGUAGGUGCUUCGGAAUCCACCAUGAACACUCUCCUGGGCAAGCUGGGCAACCUUCUCGCCCAGGAGUAUGCUAUGCUCAGGGGCGUCCGCGGUGACAUCCAGUACAUCAACGACGAGCUCGCCAGCAUGAAGGCUUUCCUUCUCGACCUUGCUCGGGACAACCAAGACAACCGGAGGAAGGACUGGAUGAAGCAGAUCCGUGAGAUGGCCUACGACUGCGAGGACUGCAUAGAUGACUUCGCCCACCGCCUCCCCAAGGAUUCAUCCAACUUGCUGAACACCAAAUGCUGGCCCAGGUGGAUGGCUACACUGAUCUAUGACCUCACGACGUGCUGGCCUCGCCGUGAGAUCGCUUGCAACAUUGCUGAGCUCAAGGUCCGGGCGCAACUGAUUGCCGAACGACGCGUAAGAUAUGGAGUGAAGGAACCGGACAGCAGCGGAAGCAUGCCUGCUGACGCCCCCCCGGAGAACAUUGCUGAGGACCAGCUCGCAAGGCGAGAUCUCACCAUUAAGGAACCCGUAGGGAUGGGGCACGUCAUGGCGGAUCUUGAGAGGUGGGUGAAGCACGACGAGCAGGGCGCAGGCGGCCAGCGAGCUGUCGCGUCCAUUGUAGGAUUUGGGGGCGUGGGGAAGACCACCGUUGCCAUGGCACUGUACAAGAAAGUCAUGAAGGAUUUUGACUGCCGGGCGUGGGUCACUGUGUCCCAGAACUACGACAUAGAAGCCGUCCUCCGUGAGAUCCUCAAGCAAAUCAACCCAGAUUACAUGCAUCAAGACGGCGGCACUGCUGCAACCAUCUCUGAGAAGACCAAGACCAACAGGACAGCAUCAGCAUCCAUUGCUUGCAAAUUAUUGAACCGAGCUUUGAACCACCGCACAGGCCACACGCAUGGAGGAGGCACUGCUGGAAGCUCUAAGAAAAAUGACACCAGCAAAGCUGUAAUGGAGCACCUCAAAGGGAAGAGGUACCUCAUCUUAGUUGAUGACAUAUGGUCUGCAGAAACGUGGAAGAGGAUAUCAAAGUCUUUGCCUGACAAUGAUAAGGGCAGUAGAAUUAUAGUUACUUCGAGGCUUCGUGCUGUUGGUGCGACAUGCUGCCAGAAUGGAAAGGAUCACCUCUGUGCAGUUGAUUUUCUCCGUGACGAAGAUGCUGGGCAUUCAGUCGAAGUUUCUGAAUCGUCUAAGAGCCACAACGAUCACAUGGUCCCGGAAAUUAUAGACCUUGAAGAUCUAUGGAGGAGGUGUGGGGGCCAGCCUUUGGCCAUAGUCACCAUGGCUGGUCUUGUGGCCUGCAACCUGAACCAACCGAUCAGUUACUGGGAGGAACUUGGGAAAUUAUUGCCAGCGCGAGAGAUCUCCAAUACUCGCGGGGCUCCAAACCAAGUAAAUUCUCUUACUUUGGAUGGGGUUAAAAGGAUCCUUGAUUGUUGCUACAACGAUCUGCCUGGAGAUGUCAAGACCUGCUUGCUGUACUUGGGCAUGUUUCCAAAGGGCUGUAAGAUCAGUAGGAAGUGUGUGACCCGGCGAUGGAUAGCUGAAGGUUUUGUUAGUAGGAGGCAUGGGCUGAUGGAGGAGGAAGUCGCGGAGACAUAUUUCAACCAGCUUCUAAGAAGGAAGUUGAUCCGUCCUGUGGACCACAGCAGCAACGGGAGGCUAAAAACCUUUCAGGCUCAUGACAUGGUUCUUGAUUAUAUUGCGUCCAAGGCCAGCGAGGAGAACUUUAUCACUGUGGUCGGCGGCCACUGGAUGAUGCCAGCGCCCAGCGGCAAAGUGCGUCGACUUUCCAUGCAGAGCACCAGUCGUCCCAAGGCGGCCGCAGGAGAUUAUUCAACAACUAGAGGCAUGAAUUUGUCUCAGGUGCGGUCACUGGCCGCUUUUGGGAGCCUCGCGCAGCUGCCUUUCCAAGCGUUCAACAACAGGAUCAUGCAAGUCCUAGAUUUCCAAGGCCUCAAGGGAUUUAAGAACAGACAUAUGAAACACAUCUGUGAAAUGCUUGUUCUCAAGUACCUGAGCCUCAGAGGAACAGAUAUCACCGAAAUCCCGUCGAGGAUUGGGAAACUUGAGUAUCUAGAGACGCUUGACAUAAGGGAGACCGAUGUCGUGGAGCUGCCAAAAGAUGUGAAGCAACUAAAAAGGAUCAGCAGCAUACUUGGUGGGAACAAGCACAAGAACCCUCGGAAAGGCCUGAGGCUGCCCCAAGAAAAGAGCAGAAAGAAGAAGAGACGACGGACGACGGACGACGACGGGAUGAUGAAAGCACUCCGUAUACUGUCUGGGAUCGAGAUCAACGAGAAUACAGACGUAAGUGGGCUUCACCAGUUGACGGAGCUAAAGAAGCUUACAGUUUACAUGCUAAACGUGCUAGACGAAUACAGAGCUGACAUCUUUGAACAGCUGCUCUCUUCUAUCGAGUAUCUUUGCAGCUGCGGUCUGCAAACCCUUGCGAUCAAUGACGAAGAUUCUAAAUUUACCCAGUCACUGGACAAGAUGUCUGCAGCUCCAAGAUAUCUCGUCGCCCUUGAACUCUCCGGAAAGUUGGUGAAACCCCCAGAAUGGAUCGAUAAGCUACUGACACUGAACAAGCUAACCCUUUCCAUCACCAUUCUUCGGACUCCUACUUUCGAGAAACUCCGCAGCUUGCCGUUGCUGUAUUCUCUAACCUUUUCAUUCAGUGCAGUAAAGCAGGAUCAGCAGGACGACAUCAAGGAAAUUCUGGAGGAGAACAAAUCAACCACAGAUGGUGAGAUCUUUGUGCCAAAAGGAUUCCAGAAUCUUAAACUCCUUCGUUUCUUUGCACCACAUAUUCCAAAGCUGGGGUUUUCUGACAAUGCAAUGCCAGUACUUGAGACAAUUGAGGCGCGGUUUAAAGCCUUCGAAGGUCUGUUUGGCGUUGACACACUAGAAAAUCUCAAAGGGGUACAUCUCAGAGAAGCUAAAGUGGGGGAAAAUGGCAAGGAAAUAGCAGACAUUAACGAAAUCUUGGUACAUGAUUUGAAAGAUAGCACCGAGGGACUCAAGGCAAUCGUUGAUCACACUUUCAUCACUUAUUGAAAUAUUGUCGCCGCCCUCUUCUCAUUAUUAUCAUAAAUAAUUAACUAAGCUACUACCCUUUUUUUGCUUCCUCCAAAUUAAAUAAGGAGAUGGACACGUUUUAUAUAUAGAUAGAUAUAUUGUGACGGCAGAUGCUGCUGCUGGGUUGCGUUUAUUUGUGUUAAUCUCUUUCACUGUUGAGAAGACACAGAACGAAGACACCGCGAUACUAUUUGUAACCCAGUCCAUCGGUUGCCA